GCCCAUCACCUCAAACCACGCGAGCAACCAACACCACAACCGAACUCAACACUGCACUUCACACAACAGAUCUCACGCAAUGACUGUCGCCGACACAAUACAGCACGCCGCACAGAGCGCCAAAGAAGCAGUCGGCUUGGGAAGUGCCGCAUCCGCCGAGUCCAAGUCUGCACGCAAGAAGAAGGCGAAGGCGGAGGCCGCUGCGACCAAUGGCACUAGCUCGUCGUCGACAGCGCUCCCCAAACCCGCGUCCCAAGAGAACUCAGUCGCCGUGGAGAACACGACGGAGCAGCACGAAUACCUCAAGGAGCUGAACAAGCAGAUCCGCAAUACCAAUAAGAAAUUGCAGGGCACGCAGAAGGUCGACGCCAUCUUGGAAGCGAAUCCCGGUGUGUCUCUUGAUGAACUCGUCGCUCAGCGCAAAAUCAACCAGGACCAAAAAGAACAGGCACAGAAGAAGCCCAAGCUCCAGGCACAGCUCGCCGAGCUUGAGGAGCGCGCUGAGCACUACCGGGCAUUCGAUGCCAAAUACCAAGAGCUGUUUGCAAAGCAGCGCGAGGAGCUCACUGCCGAACACGAGCGAAACACAUCAAAGUUGCGAGAGGACUUGACACUCGAGGGUGCGUCGAGUGCUCGAGCAGAGCUGCGUAAGAAGCUACUCACAUUCUCCCAAUUCCUCCGUGCUGCGGCUGCCAAGCGUGCAGCAGAGGAAGAGACGGAUACCGAGGAAAGCAGGGCGUUCGAGGGUGCCCUACUACUUGUCUACGGAGGCGAUGAAAAGGCUGUUGACGCCGCUGUGAACCUUAUUGAGGGUAGCCAGGAGCCGGUCCCAGCCAUCGACGGUCUUCCAACUCGCAUCACUUAUGCACAUGUCAAGCAAGCAGCGCUUGCGCAUGCCCCAUUCCACAACGAGGAGGCAUGGCUUGAAGGCGUGGAGGAGGCAAACGCAAACGAAGAGACUUCUGGAUCAGAUCCAACCAUCACUCACGCUGGCCUCACUGAGAUCGAUGCACCCACCGGCACUGGUACCCACACUCUCCCGGAACCUACAGCAGUGCAGGGAACAUCAGGAGACGGCGGUAACAUUGCUGGCGAGCGAUGGGACACCAAUGCUGCCGGCACGUCAGCUGGUGCGGAGAAGAGCGGACUGGACGACAGCUACGAGAUGGUGCCUCGUCCAAAUGAGGAGGUCGACGUUCCUGCUGCAGCACCAGUACAAUCACAGCAGCAGAGCACCAGCUGGGCCGAAGAAUCGCACGAGGCUGCAACGGGCAACAAGGCGGGCGAAAGCUGGGAUACCAAGGCACCAGGCGAGACCAACGGCAGCUAUGGUGCUGAGCCAGCUCCUGCCGACGACGGCUUCAGCCCAGUCGCGGGCCGCCGUGGUGGCCGUGGCAAUACCCGUGCGCGUGGCGAUGGCGAGUUCCGCCGCGGUGGACGCGGUGGCCAUUAUCGCGGUCGCGGCGAUGGAGAGAACCGAGGCCGAGGCCGAGGAGGAUAUCGUGGACGUGGUGGUGAAGGCGGUGGACGUGCACGCGGCCCUCGUGGUGGCGCUCCAGCCCUUGCCGCGAGCUCGUAGGUUCACCUGUGCGCAUAGGCCGUUGGUCCUUGUCAAAGGCUGACUGGUCGGGACAUUGCAACAAUACCUGGAUCCACGGUUAUGAACUACCGAACACUUGAUUGCGUUCUAGCAUCUGCAUGGGCACGGGGAACUGGAGCACGAGAAAGACGAAAUGUACAAUAAGAGGACUUCUGGGAGGCAAUUGCCGCAGCUAGACCCUUCUUCAGGCUAGAAUUAUCGUCGCAUUGGCGAUGAAUUAGUGCUCUGUAUAAGUAAGUAAUCGAAGCUGGAUUCACCCCUGUAGCUUGAUAUGAUAGCGUUCAAGUAUAGAUGAUGAUGAUGGUCCCG